AUGUCAACCAACGGGGAAGCCGAGCGCAAACCCAGUCGUCCGGCCUGGCGACGUGCGGUUUUAGCACACAUCAAACUUAGCACUCUCGAAAGACGCAAGCACCACACAGAGGAGCAGCAGAGAUCUGUCACUCCUUUUCAGGUGGCUUACAACCAGCAAGAUAUCGUCGAGCCAGCCCCAGUUCACCUUAACGGUAAUUCCAGGACCAGCUUCGUCGAAGACCUGGAGAUCAUAGCUGAAGAAAUAAAUACUCUUCACCCGAACGCCAUGGAUACACACGACUUCUUGACUAGCGAAGAGAUCUACGAUUCAGGUCCCAUAACCCAGCCAGCGUCCAUUGGUCAUUUCAAUACUCCCAACGGAGGCUAUCUUAUCUCGCCCUUGGCCAGCCUUCUGGUCAGCUUGGACCACGGAUACAACCGAGCGAGCGGCAUAUACGACAAAGUCGGUGACCGGUCGGAACAGGAUGAGGACUCGAGCAACGAGGGCUUGAUUCCUCCCCAUAAUACACCAGUCGACUCUGGGGACGUCAGCCCCGUCAACACGCCAGCUCGAGCCCCAUCAUUGGAUCGCGGCCCGAGUAUCCGGCUCCAAAGAGCAUUGGCAGAAGACCAAGCGGCCUCGGAACCCCUCAAAAGGCCGAUCAGCGAGCUCGUUGCUUCUAGCGAACCGCUCUCCCCAUCUGGUACCCAAAACGGCCUUCUUCAAGCGGCUGAACGAGCGGGCGUCUGGCGUAAUAUGAUUGGCAUGCCUUUUACAGAAGAAGAGAAGAUGAAGUUGGUACAGAAGAGGCGCGAUCAUGAGGCGGAGAUGGUGCGGCGUCUUCGGGCAGGCCUCGAGACGAAGAUCGAGAAGAGGCCCUGCUACCUGCUUUGGCUGGAAGGGAGGCACCAGCUCUCGACGGAGCGAAUGUUGGCGUCAGCUACGAUACGUCUUGCGGAUUACGCGGAGGGGCAUGAGGCGGUCGGUCUGUUUCGGGAGCGCAGACGUCGUCAAGACUUCCGUGGGCAGGCGUCGGUCUGA